AUGACUUGCACCAACCAGGACACUGUUCACGCCUCGGCGUCUACCACGAGCUCCAACGUUGCGUUUGCUGGUGGUCGAGAGAUCCGAGUGUUUCUUCCGCCCACCUCGUCCACCAGCAGCAACACACUCACACUCUAUCCCGCGCCUUCGGAAGACGAUUUGAAGCCGACGGCGGCGGAGCUAUCGCAUGCGUUUCGCUCGUCACCUCUGCUUCGAGCUGGGCCGGAUGCGCCGUUGCUGACACGCGCGCUUCGCGAGCGCGAGGAAUCACGACUUGGUCUCAACUCGUCGCGCAACCGCACAUACGCGUCUAUACGUAUCCGCAUUCGUUUCAGUGAUCGAACAAUGAUCGAAUCGACGUUCAGCGAAACAGACACGAUCGACGCUGUCUAUGCGGUCCUGCUUGACUCGCUCGAUGAAACCGUCAAGCACAAAGGCGUCGUCAUCUACACUUCGCCUCCUCGCAUCGAGUACAAGAAAUCCGAUCCCAGCCUCAAACGCAAGACGCUCAGAGAUCUCGGCUUGAUCCCUAGCGCCGUCGUAAACUUAAAGUGGGACGAUCCGCACUUGAACUCCAACGCCCUACCCGCCCCCUUGAGAAGCGACCUCACUUCCGCCGCACAACCACUACCCCUUCCAUCAUCCCCAACCUCGCCACCGUCCACACAACUCAACCCACACUCCAACUCCAACUCCACUUCUGUCCACACUCCACCGUCAAAACCCGUACCCAAGUGGCUCAAAAAUAUUGUCAGUAAGUCCUCCAUCCGCCCAACCCUCCAGUGA